AUGAAGAUGGGACGUGAAGAUAUGAAAACGAUGCAUUUGGAACUCGGUUUUACGUCGUGUGCGCCGGUGAUAAUGAUGCUCUUGGUGGCGUUGACCGAAGGCCAGCCGAUCGCGCACGCAAUGUGGGGCAAGACGCCGCAACCCACAACCACAGAUGUGCUGUUGGACGGCGCUGCCACAACCAUGGCCACAGCCACCAUCGCCAUCUCCGAUACCACUGCCACCGCUACUAUCAAUGACUCCGACAUCGCCACAGCCCACACCACUGAUCGCCAUUCAGAUUCAGCCUCGACAGCGUCGACGUCGGCUGCAAAAAGGCCGAUAUUCGAGAGACUGCGCGAAACCUACCGGGCCGAGGAUUAUAACUAUGACUUUUUGCGAGAAAUGUAA